CGUUGAGAAGCAGCAGUGCGGCGCUUUGUGUAAAAAAGGAGAGAAAAACAGAAAAGAAAAGAAUGGAGGAGGAAAAAGGAACGUUUAGUGAACGUGUGAAUGAACUGGAGAUCAAAGUGGAAGUAAGUGAUCAUCUGCUUGAGGAGGAAAGAACGAUCUUCAACAAGACCACAAGAAAGAUAGAGAAGGCAUGGCAGAACAUCGGGAUGCAGAAAGCAGAAAUUGAAGCACAAAGAGAGGAAUUUGAGAAAGAAAAAGAGAAAAAUGUAUUGAUUCAGGCCUACAGAGAGAGACUGGCUGAAAAACAACUCAAAAGGCUGAAAGGGAAAAUGGACAGCCAGGAGAACGUGAGAAGGAUGGUGGUAGAUCAGGAGUGGAGGAAUAUUGAGGAAGAGAAAAGAAAGAUUGAGGAGGCGCAGAACACCAUUAAAAGAAAUAAAAAGGUGUCUGAGAAAGAGAUAAGGAAGCAGAGGAAGAAGGCUGAGAGAGAGGAGAAUGAAAGAAAACAGGAUACAAUGACGAAAGAUGAUAUUCUGGCCCUAGUGAGAGAAGAGAUACUCUGGCAGAAAGAGAAAGAGGUGAGAGAGGAGAGAAAGAGAGAGGAGAGGAAGGCUGCAAAGCUGAAAAAGAAGAUCAUGGAGCAAGUCAGAGCAGAGAUAGAGAGAGAAGUGGGCAGAAGACAGGAAGAGAGAGAGAGAGAAGAGAAAAAGAGGAGAAAGAAGCAGAGGAGAGUGGAGAUGGAGAAAGCCCGGAGAUUGAUGGAUGAAGAGAGGGAAUCAAUAAUGAGGCAGAUAGAAACUGAAAGGAUGCAACGAUAUAGCCUGAAUGAUAAUAUCCUACAGCGGAUCACCAAGAGACUCAGGAAGGUCUGUUCUGGGAUCUGUUCAAGGAUCUGUCCUGGCUUUUCAGAGAUCUGUUCAAGGAUCUUUGCUGAUUCUUCAGAGAUCUGUUCAAGGAUAUGGUCAAGGAUCUGCUCCUCAGAGAUAUUUUCAAGGAUCUGCUCCUCAGAGAUAUUUUCAAGGAUCUGCUCUUGCUCUGAAGAGAUGUCUUCAAGGAUCCGCUCUUGCUCCUCAGAGAUAUUUUCAAGGAUCUGCUCCUCAGAGAUAUUUUCAAGGCUCUGUUCUUGCUCUUCAGAGAUGUUUUCAAGGAUCCGCUCUUGCUCUUCAGAGAUAUUUUCAAGGAUCUGCUCCUCAGAGAUAUUUUCAAGGAUCUGCUCCUCAGAGAUAUUUUCAAGGCUCUGCUCUUGCUCUUCAGAGAUGUUUUCAAGGAUCCGCUCUUGCUCUUCAGAGAUGUUUUCAAGGAUCCGCUCUUGCUCUGAAGAGAUGUUUUCAAGGAUCCACUCUUGCUCUGAAGCAAUGUUUUCAGGGAUCCACUGUUGCUCUGAAGAGAUGUUUUCAGGGAUCCGCUCUUCAGAGGUGUUUUCAAGGAUCUGCUCUUGCUCUGAAGAGUUGUCUUCAAGGAUCUGCUCGUGCACUGAAGAGAUGUUUUCAGGGAUCCGUUCUUGCUGUGAAGAGAUGUCUUCAAGGAUCUGCUCUUGCUGGGAAGAGAUCUUUUCAAGGAUCUGCUCCUGUUUUUAUGAUCUGGAAGCAAGGUUCUCUUUGUAGAAGAGAUCUUCAGGGUUCCCCUG